CACAACUGUGUACUGUUGUUCUUGACGCCACGGUUACUAAAAAAGUAACCGUGUUGACGCCUACUAUAGUUCUUGAAGGGUAUGUAUAUGGGUAUUGAAGUUUGAACUAUCGUGUCCUGAUUGCUGUGGUAUCAUGAAAGUAAUUUAAACGUUGUCUAUAUUCGGUCCUGUAUAAGGAGUGCACAAGUUAAUUAAAAAACAUGUCUACUGCAAAGUCACGAAGUGGCACUGCACAGAGCCAGCGUGGAUCAUCAGUUGCCUCAAUGGGAUUGGCUGCCAAUUUUAUUAAGAAUCUCCGGAAAAAGAAAAAGGGAAAACUUCAAGCUAUCAAAGAAAAGGAUUCUGAUGACUCUGACCAAUCUGAGAACUCAGAUACAGAAGACAAACAAUUGUAUAGUCGACAACGAUAUAACUAUGACCCUCCAGAUGAUCCACAGGUAGCUGCUAACAUUGCUAUGAUGAUUAAAUACAUACAAGAUACUGAAUUAGAAAUUGUUAUGUCACAGCUAUGCCAGUCAUUGCUGAAUAGACCAGAAUUACCAUACAAUCCAUAUCCAGGUUUUGUAAGAAGACUACGACGUCAUUCUGAAAAAUUUCACAUGCACAUGCGAGAUUCCCAAAGUAUUAUAUCCUUAUUAGACAAUGGUGCUGAUGCUACUAGUAUCGGGCAUGUAUGGAGCAGUAAAUCCAAACCCCAGAUAUUUGGCUUACAUGAUAUGGUACAAGCUGUAGAUCCAAGAUCAUUACAGAAAUACAUAUGGUUAAUCAAUGAUCUGACACCAGAUACUAGUACUAUUUACAAUAAAGAUGAUUAUUCUGUUCAAGUGCUGGUAUCCUUGGUAGGACCUGCUGUAUUCACUGGUACUUACUAUGAUGACCCAAUUACUGUCAAUAUUCGGGUUGAGUAUCUUAUUUUUGGUCCUGAUCUCAACAGAGGUGCACAGCUUUUUAUUGAACUACUCUUAGAGGACAUGAACAACUCAAUGUUCAAACAGACACCACAUGUAUUUCUAGGUAAGUACACUUAAUAUACAC